ACAGUUGUCAAAGUCAAAUGUUUCUUUUUGUAGAUUGAGGUUGUGUUUCAGUCGUUGUUGGUCCGUUAAUUUAUUUGUGGAUUUUGUAUGCGAGUUUGUUUUUGUAACAUAUUUAGAAUGGCAAAUGGUGAUUCAACCGCAAAAUCAUUUGGUAACAAUCAAGAAGAUAAUGAUUCCGAACCAGAACAAUCAUCACAUCUGGAAUUAGAUUUGGGUGAUGAUUCUUCACACAAUAGAGAAUCAAAUAGAUUGGACAACCAUAAAGUAGGAGCUUCUGGAUCUAAUUCGAGUUUUUCUGAUGGUCAAAAAAGAGAAGAAAAUCCCUUCUCAUUCAAACAUUUUUUACGGAGUGACUCUGGUAAUAACUACCUGAAUAAAGGAGCCAGACCAAAGGUCUACCCUGAAAGUAGAUCUUCAUCCUCUGAUUUCAGUAAUCACGUUUCUGAAACAAAGCAGCCUCGAAUUGCUCCUGAAUUCUCGUCAGCCCUGCCUGAUUUUGUGCAAGAUCAUCUAGUCAUAGAACAGUGUUACUUGGGAAGCCACCCUAAUAGUAACUACAAUCUGGACAUUGAUAAUUUACCUGACUUCACGCCUAGCAGAGAAAAUAGGAAUAGCUACGAAGAUGCGGUUAGAGAAACUCCAGAGAGUAAUGCAAGACCUGUGCCAUUAGAUUUGCCUGUGAGACCUCCAGAUGAUUUUCCAUUAGAUUUACCGGUUCCUGGUUCGUCAGUUAGCGGUUCAAGGAAUGGACUGUCAGUUAGUGAGGUAGGAAACUCUAAGAGUUUGCCAGAUUUUCUUGCAGAUAGUGCUGUUUGUGCACAAAAAUGUGAAACACUGUCUGUUCCGCAUAGCCCGGAAGGGGAAGUCGAAAGAUUGAGGCAUGAACUCGACAUCACUAAGCGACAGUUAGCUGAAAAAAGUCGGUUGUGUGAUUGUUUGAGUAGGGAACUAGAAAUAGCUAGAAAUAAGGAACACGAAUAUACUCAAAAUCUUGCCAAAGCCCUCGAACAAGUAGAAAGCAAUUUAGAAAAGAGUAAUAGGAGAGCGACUUCUUCAGAAAGUACAGUAUUGAAGUUGAAACAAGAAAUUAAAACCUUAACGAGUCAGUUGAAUUCAUUGAAGGCUGAAAACAGAACAUUGAGGGGUGAUGAGGCUGCUGGAGGCCAAGGAUAUUAUAACCCGUCGAAUGAGUUGCAUUCAUAUAGGUUAGCUCAAGAAUUGAGAGGUGCGGCUAGUACGGCGGAACAUUCGCUGAGGCAAUUACUAACCGGUGUAGAUAAUUUAAGAAUGAUGGCAGCUUCCCUGGAAAACAUGCAUAGGAUAGAAGAAAAAAGUGAUCACUUCACAAGUUUUGACGAAGAUGCUGGACCUGCACUGUAGUCCAGUAAACUUGAUACAUAUUUUAAUUUAGACUCACCAUCAAUCGCUUGUAAAUAAAUAGUUUUAUUUAUUGUUAUACUAGAAAACAUUUUUAUGUGAUUAUAUUUAAUUGUAGUUUGUUUUAAUCUACUGAUGUAUAUAUUUAUAGCUUUUUCAAAUAUAAUGAAUGUGAUGUUUGUUUCGGAAGUAAGUAAUAAGGUACUUUUGCAUUUUAUCAAAUGUGAGACAGAGAGGUGCUAAUACUCAAUGAAUUAGAUAAAAACUGAAAUCAAUAAACGGCAAAAAGUAAU